AUGAAGGGUGCAGAAGGGAGGUCUGACCAAAGUUAAUUUAUAGAUAAUUUUUAAAAAAAUGAAAUAGAAAUCCUUAACAAAAAUGGAAGCAACCAGUGAAAUUGUAUAAUGGGGAAUAAAGAGACUUCUGCUGAGCAGUGAACUGAGUAGGAGGUCCCAAAGCCCUUAUCCAAGGGUGUCACCUGGAGACUUCAAGGUCCGUACCAUGGAGGGGAGUCAUUGCUGUCUGGCCAACAGUAACCAACACACACCACUGAGAUGUAGCAGCUCCCAUGCAUCUGUUGUCUUGCAACAUCCAGGGCUUUUUUUCAACCAUAACUCAGUUCCAGCACCUCUCAGGUGGGCACCAUUGCCUUUAUAAGAGAACAAGGGAGGCGUUCACAGUGAGUUCCAGCCCUUCUUUUUCUAGAAAAACACUAGCAACAUCCAUUUGUAAAUGUAGGGCCCUCGUCACCUCUUUCACUGCUUAGUAUUGAAGGCUUUUUAUCUGCCACAAUAGUGUAUCACUUGACUGGCUACCACAGCAAAAAACAAAAAAUGGAUUUCAGGAGACACCAUGUUAGAAGAGGCAUUUUUUUUUUUUUAACAGAAGGAAGUGUCAUCUUGUAAAAUGGGACCUUGUGCAAUAAUGCAGCACUGUGGAGAACCUGCAUGGUGUUGGAUGACAACUCUCAGGAUCACCCCAGGCAAUAUGGCCAAUGAAUUGAGAGUUACAGUUCAACAAUAUUUUGGGAGCUGCAAAUUCCCAAUUCAGAAUCCAAAAACAAAGCUUUCCACCCUUCAAACUAUUUCCCCCAUAUAUAUUUAUUAAAUCACAUUUAUGCUUAUUGAUGAACAAAUAACUAAAAGUUAUACUGUACAUAAAAUUGGUUUUUCCCCUUCCUAUCAUGCUAUCUUGGCAAAAGAGUUUGAAGCGUUUCAUUUGCCAGGAUGCGUAGCUCACCCCCUCAGAGAGGGUAGAUUACUAUCUUGGCUUUGCUUCUCAAAUGCUUCAACAGAACUCUCCUCAAAUGCUUCAAAAGAAUUGCAUUACUUCUCAAGAAUCACAGGCCAGAUGACAGUUCUUAAUCCCUCCCAUUUACAUUCCUAUUAUUAAUUAAAUUUGUGCAUUUAUGCAUACUCUGCAUUUAUGCAUUUACUCUGCCUGAAUAAUUUGCAGGUUUUAUAACUGAGGGCACCAUCAACUGCUUUUCACAGAUGACAUUAAGCUUGCUUUUUUCUUCACUCUUACCUUCUUUCAGCCCUUUUAAUUUCUUCCCUUUCCAACCCACAGCAGUUGGUGAGGGCAGUUUCUGCUCUUAGGCAACACUGCAUUGUCAACAUCUUCCAGAACUUAGCGCCUACCUAGCCCAAAUUCUACAAUGCAGGAUUUAGUCAAUGGCUGUGGAGAGAUGCAUACUCACUGUUAGGACACUGGAAGCUCCCUUCUCAGGUAAUCUUUUAUAUAUAGAUAGAUAUAGAUAAUGCUGUUAAUUGUUUUAUUAAAAGCAUACACAUAAACAAUCAUAGUGCAUAUGUGCAUGUUUUCCAAAUAAUUCAAAUUCAGUAUACAGCAAGCAAAUUAUACUCAUUACUAUGGGUUUUCCUGAUGUAAACAUGGGGGAAGAAGUUUCCAAAAGGCUCUAUUGAAGCUCAGGUGGUCUUCCUCCUUCUGACAAAGGGAAGCCAAUUGUCAACAAAAUGGUCUGUCUGUGCCACUCUCUGUGGAACUCUGUCUUGGUGCAUCAGUUUUUAUGGUAGUGCAAGCUGCCAUACUUUAUUUAAGCUGGCUUUUCUUCAUGCUGGCUGGGACUGAUGGAAGUUGUAGAUCAAAACAUCUGGAAGAUAGCAGGUUGGCAAAGGCUCUCUUAGUGGAAGGGCAUUUGCAUGUCUCUCUCCCAGGUUAAAACUAGGUUCCCCAAAUACAGACUUUGACUAGUACUUAACUUCCUGAUCUUUACCACCCGUACCAGCAAAGUGCUUGAGGAAGAGGGGAACAGACUUGGAGAUGUCUGAAACAUUCCCCUCCUUCCACAUCCUUCCAACAUUCAAGCACUUCAGUAGCCUAGGUAAGACUGAGGACAAUAUCAGAGGCAAAAUGUGAGGAAUGAGAAGGUGGUGUGGGAAGCUAACCUUGCCUGUGGGCAAGAUAAAUCAAUGAGUCAAUGGCUAUUGGUCAUUACGACUUCCAGAUUCAGAGGCAGUAUGCUUCUUGUUGGUUGCUGUGGAAAACAGAAUGUUUGGCUAUGGUUAUUACAGAUGUUUCUACAAUCAAACACAAAGAAACACAUCCAAAACAGAUAACAAAAAAAGCCGAGCUUGGCCUGGAAUAUGAAUAUUCUCUUUAAAAAUGGAAAAGGUUUCUACACACAUGAAUAUUUGGCUAUUAAACUUCUGAAGCAUAUGUAAUAAGAUGAAAUGGAACCUCCAAUUCAGAUAUUUCUAGAUUUGGGUUUGGAUUGAUUUGUACGUAAUAUUACUUGAAAAAUAGGUGAAUAAAGCCUUCCCUUUGAUAGCUUAAAAGCAUUGGGGAUUUUAAAAUGUGCGUACUAUUUAUGUUGCUAUUACUGGUACUGUAUUUGUAUUAUUCAUAUUAAUACCAGCAAUACGUAUUAAUUAUCAUGCAUUCCACAGCCCCUUGAGAUAGCUAAGCGGUCAGGGGGGAUCUGUCAUUUCUAGUAAAUGCUCGCUCUGAAUCUUGCGGAAGUUGAGGUUUGCAGUGUUGCACACAUCUAACAUAAGCGAGUGACACAGAGAGAAACCACAUGAAAGUAUCAUACUUAAUGGCCACUACUCUUCCUGUUAGCUUAGGGGUUUCAUGUACACUUUAAGAAAAAGCAUUGUCUUUUCUCGCAGUCAACUGUUUCCUCCCAGACCACUAAGGCAUUAUUUAAAGCCUCUCUUUGAUAGCAGACUGCAUUGGUGGCAGUUACUUCCAAUGCAGAGGGCUGUAGGAUCAUACGAUGAUGUGCACUGAAGUAUUCGGUGUCAAACUUCAGUCCAGGAAGAAGGAAACGGAGAGAAAGAAGAUAUCAUUUUUUCUUCAGUAAAACUAGCAUCCUGCAUUUCUUCUAUGAAAGUAAAAGGUAAGUCAGUGUUUGCUAAAGGUAGGCAUAAAAAAAUGUUAAAAUGUUUGCAAGGCAAGUGCCUUGCAUUCCUCUCUUAUUUGUGAUUAUUUGCUGUGUUUCGUUCCCCUAGCAGAUAGGACACAUUGAUCUUUAGGGGUUAUUGAAUUGGAAAACACCUUAUCUCAAAUUAUUUUAGACAUUUCUAUUGCUUUAACAUUCAAAAACUGGUGAAUGCAAAUAAAUAAGUUCUACUAUUGCUGUGUAUCUGUUUCUCAAAGCUAUGUAAAUAUGUAAAAGAUGCCUCUGAAUUUCUGCCGUUAAAAGAUGGAGAUUUAUUUCCUCGUGGUAGCAUAGCAUGGACUAAUGUAUUGUGCAACUUUGAUUCCUUCCUCUGUGCUGUAUAUUUAGCUCUCUAACACUGCACACCCCAAACCUUGUACCCCAAAUGAGUAACCCCGUUCAUGUGUAUGUGUCUAUAGUAAGUAGCUUAUUGUUCCACACUGUAUCUUCUGGUGUGUCCAAGAUAGGCAAUUUUUCUGUGUUAAGCCCGAUAAACAUCUCAGAGAAGGAUAUAUGACACUGGGAUCUUUCAUGAAGGCCAUGCUUUCUAAAUGCUAAGUUUUUGGAUUUGUAGUAUGUCGUCUUAUAAUAAGCUGUGCAUAGGAUCAAUGUGUGUAAUGCGUUCUGAACUUUUUAAUGAUCCUUUGAACAGCUUAUUUAUUAUAUAAAAUCAUACUACAACUAUAAUUCCAGUGACUUUACAUUUAGGUGUAAUUAGACAGAGACACAAUUCCAUCAGAGUUAGUCCUUCACCAACUUUUCAUCUUAUGUUGUGUGUGAAUGUCUUGCUUGCUUACACAGUAAUUGCAAUACAUUGUCAUGGUUAAGCAUGUGGUCCUGAACCCAAUUGUUUUUGAUGGUGCAGCAAAUGGUAGAAUAUUUGCUUAAUUUUGCAACAUGUUUUAAUAUGCUUUUUUGACAUUGGGAGUAAACUGAUAUCCCCCUCCCAACUGCAGAAAGUAAGUGAUCUGCCUUGUUUGGUCCUCAGUGCCAGCAUCAGUCAAGGCAUGGAACUAUCUAGUUUAAAUUAACUUGCAUGGAGGCAGGGCCAUAAUCUGCUUUUGUCAGACUCAAUGCACCUGAACCCUCCCACAUCCUACCCCUAAAUUCUUGUGCCUCCUCUGACUUUUUAAGGAAGAACUCCCUACAAAGACCUUAAACAAUAGCAGAACAUCAGGUGAGUGGCCUUUCAGUCAGUUGCAAUCUAUUUUUCACUCAUUUGGGGCAGGUGAGAGUGGGGCACAGGCUCUCCAAAAUCCAUUCACAACUGCCUUAGGCUCUUGUUUAAAGUCCUUCUGGUUUUUGAUUGUGUCAUCUAUAUGUCCAUAUGAGUUUUCCUGUUCAUUUUGUGUCUGCACAAAGUGAAACCAUAAGCUGGUAUUGGUGCAUAAUGCCUGAAACAUCUUCUAGAUUUGUGAGGGAUGUGUGUUGUCUCAGUGAUAAACCACACUGUUUUUUGCAAGACCUUUUUAUCUGCCUCAACAGACACAAACUAGACAUGAUUCAAAUGGCAGGCCCAUUAGCUAUUAAAGCCUAUAAAUAUUUGAUUCAUAGUAAAGACUUACUUUAGAACAUCUCGCCUUCACACCAUACUAGUUUUACUUCCAUGGGAUAAAAGGUUCAACAGCUAGCAGACAGAGGGCAUCGUAUUCCAAUUAAGGCACAUUUAUCUUUGUGGUUGACUAGGAGGCAAUCAACUGAAUUUUUUCAUGACACCUUUUAUUAUUUGGAUUAUUGUUAUUCUAAUUUUUCAUUAUCUUUUGCACAAUCCACAUAAGCAAAAUAGCUUUUACACAGGCCUUUUUACACCAGGGUAAGUAACAUGCUGAUGGGCAAUGGUGCUUAUUGUAAUGAGGCUGUUUGAAAGAUGAUGAAUCAUAUUUCAUAGCUCAACUGUGGCUCAAGCAUACAAUGAAAUGAUAUGCUGACAGGAUGUGGCUUUUUUUUUUCAGGAAAAGUAGGAGAUAGUGAUCUACUGCAGAAUAAGAAAGGAGAAGUACCGUAGGUUGUUCUUUUUUCUGCAUUCCUAAGAAAUGCAAUCCUAAUUUCCUAAUAGGAAAUUUGUGAAUUUAAAGCAAUGGAGGUGGAGUUUCUCCCCCUUAUACUUGCUGCUGCCUAUCAGCUUGAAUCAUACCCCAAUUUUCUUUGCAGAAUGGUGGAUCUAAGCCAAACCUCUCUCGUUGUUAUCAGUUUAGAAACUACCAGCAGCAAAUUGGGAGCCUGA